AUGGCAGGCAUUGCUGUCUUUCGUCCACUCGCUACAGCACCAGGCAGGGUGCUGGCGAGGACAUAUGCCACCUCGAUACCAGCGAUGGCGCAUCACCGUGUGGUCAUCGUCGGUGGAGGCACUGCUGGCGUUACAGUGGCGGCCCAGCUGCAGCGUACCCCUGAGUUUGAAAAGAAGGAUAUCGCCAUCCUGGACCCUGCGAAAACGCAUCACUACCAGCCCGGAUGGACGCUCGUGGGUUCAGGCCUGAGGCCCAUCGAGGACAUGCAAAGAUCGAUGCGCUCCGUCAUCCCGGAAGGCGUGAAGCACUACCCUCUCCGAGUGUCUACGUUCGAUCCAGAGAACAACGCCAUCAAGACAUCCGAAGGAGUCGAUGUGUCGUACGACUACCUGAUCGUCGCCCCUGGCCUCGAGACCAACUUUGCUGGUAUCUCUGGCCUCGAGGAGGCUCUGCAAGACCCUGGUAGCCAGGUCUCAUCCAUCUACUCGGAGAAGACCGUCGAGCAGGUGUGGAAGAACGUGCAGGCUUUCAAGAAGGGGCCUGCGGUCUUCACCCAGCCCGCCGGUAUCAUCAAGUGUGCCGGCGCUCCCCAGAAGAUCAUGUGGAUGGCUCUUUCGCAGUGGAAGCGGGAUGGUGUCAGAGACAACAUCGAUAUCUCUUUCGCGACUGGGGCUCCUGCUAUGUUCGCUGUGCCCAAGUACUCCCAGGCACUUGACAAGCUGCGCAGAGAACGUAACGUCGAGGGUCUGUUCCAGCACAACCUCGUUGGAGUAGAUGCCAAGAAGAAGGUGGCCACCUUCAAGAACUUGGCCGGAGGUGGUGAAGUGCAGAAGGAGUUUAGUUUCUUACACGUCGUGCCGCCCCAAAAGCCCUGGGACUGGGUCGCCAAAUCCAAGCUUGCCGAUGCAGCAGGCUGGGUCGACGUCGACAAGUCGACUACCCGCCACAACAAGUACAAGAACGUCUUCUCCAUCGGCGACGCGUCUAGCCUUCCCAACAGCAAGACCGCGGCCGCUAUCACGUCGCAGACCCCAGUCUUGGUCGAUAACCUCUUGGCAGCCAUGAAUGGCAAGGAUCUGAAGGCUGCUUAUGACGGUUACGCAAGCUGUCCGCUACUGACUGGCCACAACGAGCUGAUGCUGUGUGAGUUCAAGUACGGCGGCGUGCCCAAGGAGACCUUCGCGGGUAUCCUCGGAGGUCAAGAGACUCCCAGACGGUCGUUCUAUCACCUGAAGAACAAUGUCUUCCCAUACGUUUACUGGAACCACUUCCUGAAUGGUACAUGGUAUGGACCAAGUGGCUUCUUCAGACCGGAGACUGUACCAUCCCAAGCUUAA